CUGACAGAAAUGCGGUUUAGCUGCUCAGCAAUGAAUAUUUUGCAGCCAUAAAACACUACAUCAAUGAUGCUAACUCAUUAAAGGACAGAGAAACAAUCCUCAACACAGCCAGAAGAGGGGAACAGAUCCUCCCUCCUGAGCUGUGGAUCUCUGCAGCUCCUCCAGAGUCUCCAUUCUUUCAUGUCACUCCAGGUGGAUGUCCAUGUCCUGAAUCAUCGGCCAUGGUGCAAGUAGGACUCCACCUCCUACCACUGGUCCUUUGGCUUGGCAUAGAGGAAAAGCUCCAUGUUCAAGGCCACAGAACAAAACCAGCUCAAACACCUUUGAUCCCUCAUCUGCCUUUUGUUAUAGUCUGGAACGCCCCUACUGAGUCAUGUCGCCUUCGAUUUAAGGUGGAUCUAGACCUCAGCAUUUUUGACAUUGUAGCAAACCUUAAUGAGACAUUGAGUGGACCGAAUGUCACAAUAUUCUACCAUGGUCAUCUGGGAUACUACCCAUACUACUCCAGCUCAGGUGUUGCCAUCAAUGGUGGCCUGCCACAGAACCAGAGCAUUUCAAAACAUCUGAGCAAGGCCCGAGUAGACAUUGACAAGCUAAUACCACACAAGGAUUUUCGAGGCCUAGGUGUCAUUGACUGGGAGAACUGGAGGCCUCAGUGGGUACGAAAUUGGGGUUCUAAAGACAUCUACCGUAAAAAGUCCAAGGAACAGAUCCACAAGCUCCAUCCACACUGGCCAGAAACCAAAGUGGAAAAAGAAGCAAAGGAUCGCUUUGAAAAGUCAGGGCAAGCUUUUAUGAAUCUCACUUUGGCACUGGCUGAAGCUAGGAGACCAGACGGUCUGUGGGGGUUCUAUCUUUUUCCAGAUUGUUACAACUAUGGCUACAAACAACACCCACAAUGCUACACUGGUGAAUGUCCCAAUGUUGAACAUGUACGCAAUGACCAUUUAAUGUGGCUCUGGAAAAAAAGCACAGCCCUCUACCCAUCCAUCUACCUGGACUUUGAGCUGAAAUCUUCCUCAAACACCAUCAAGUUUGUUCACUAUCGAGUGAAAGAAGCCAUGAGGAUAGCAACCAUUGCACGUACAGACUACACAUUGCCUGUCUUUGUGUACUCCAGACCUUUUUAUGCCUACACCUUUGUUGUGCUCUCAGAGAGUGACUUAGUUCAUACUAUCGGGGAGAGUGCUGCUUUGGGAGCAUCAGGUGUUGUCCUCUGGGGAUCAUCAGAGUAUGCUCGGUCUAAGAGGAACUGCCUUACUGUAAAGAAGUACAUUGAUGGACCGUUAGGACAUUAUGUCAUAAAUGUCACCGCAGCAGCUAAAUUAUGCAGCAAAGCACUUUGCAAGAAGAAUGGAAGAUGUGUCCGCAAGAGCCUGGACUCACGUCACUAUCUCCACCUCAACCCACGCUACUUUCACAUCCACCAUAACCCAGCCUCUGGUGGCCCUCGCUUUGAGGUAAGGGGUCACUUCAACAGCCAUGACAUCCUGGAUAUGAGGCACAAGUUCACCUGCCAGUGCUACCAGGGCUGGACUGGUGUUUACUGUGAGAUCCCACAGACUCAGCCACGACCUCUAUCCCGUCCUGUCCUAAUUACACACCCUUGGGGAAAAAGCCUGGUGGCACCUAUUACGCUCCUCCUCUCUGUCCACUUCCCUUGUCUGUGCAUUAUCAUGUUCUUGGGACUCGGUGUGCUCAUAAAAAGUCUUAUUCUGUAGACAUAAAAAAUCAUAACUCCAUGGUAUUUUCAGUGUUCAGUUUAAACUAGUUAAGCUUGAGAACAUCACUCAGCAACCCUAAAUACAUUAACAGUCCAAUCAAUGACAAACAUUUCUGAUUUGAUUUUUGAAUUUUAUGUGUGUUCCUAUCAUUGUACUGCUGCUGAUUACAAGAUUUUUGAAUAUGGACAAUUCCAAGUUAGGACAAUUGCAAGGGCUCUGGAUGAACAGGGCCACCAACUCCACAAAUUACUGUUUUUUGCUUUUUUUUUUCAUAUA